UGUUAAUAUCGACAUUAGUAUCAAUACAGUACAUAUCGCGUUUUCACCGAUCGAAGGUUGUUUGAAAAUGUGGAAGCAUGAUGCAAGGCUCGUGGAGCGGACACGGGCGGCGCGGGCGCACCCGCUCCAUAUCCUCUUCACGCCAGGACACGGACGUGUUAAACAAUCGCCUAUAAAUGGUCCAGCAUAAACAACUACGUACCAGUUUUGCACACCACGUGGCCACAGCGCCUCGCAAAAAAAAUGAAACUAUAUUUAGCGGUAACGUGCCUUCUUGCCCUGACAGCAGUUAGCAACGCUGAUGGGACAUUAGACGGACUCAUCUACGCCCCAGGGCAUUCCUCUGUUGACUACUAUACGUAUCCAAGUUAUGCCUUCGAGUACGCAGUAAAAGAUCCGCACACCGGAGACAACAAAGCGCAAUGGGAGAAACGAGACGGAGACUCGGUUAAAGGCGCGUACUCGCUGGUGGAGCCCGACGGUAGCAUACGGGUCGUGGAAUACUGGGCAGACGCAAAGUCCGGCUUCAACGCUGUGGUGAAACGCAUCGGGCCCAAUCUACACCCCGUCGCGGCGCCCAUAUACAAGGCGCCCAUUCCCUUGCUGAGCAAUGGACCUGCCGUCACCCCUAUCAGCGUGGGAUCGGUGGCCAAAAUCGAGGCGCUUGCCAGCGCGCCUUUAGUCAGCGGAUCAUCUUACGGCGGAGCCGUCUCCUCAUCGACUUUAUACAAAGCUGCGCCAAUUGUAAAAUCGGUGGCACCGAUAGCGCCGAUCGCCCCAAUAUAUACGGGUCCCAUUUAUAAAGCCCCAAUCAUAUCACAACCUAUAAUUACUCAAUCUUAUGAGAAGGCACCCCUACCCAAUCCGAUCCUAGCCGAACCUAUUUACAAAUCGUUAUCUAUUCCUGCCGCGCCUAUUAAAUUAUCGCCUCUAUUGGACCCAGGUCUGUUAGCUCCAUGGCCGUUACUGAAAGGUACGGAGCAACUACCCUCGAUCUCAUUGGGGGAUUACUUGCUGAAAGAUUCUUUGCUAGCAGGUAACGGAUACGACCUUGGAUACGAUGCUCAUGGAGCAUCAUGGGACAGCCUGGGUUUGGGAUAUAAACACUGAGCGCAGCAAGAAAGACGAUGGUAUGAACUUGACGACAUGUUUAGCUGCCGCUACCAAAAAAACUCUUAUACCUGGUCCUUUCUAAAAUUGUAAGAGCAUUAGUGUCAAAUCGUGUAAGUGUUAGGGUAAAAAUAUGUUAUUUAAAUUAGUUGGAAAUAAAGCUGCACUGAUAAGACAUCA